GAUGUGGUCUGAUAUCUGUCCUCCCCCACCACUGCCACCAGAGGCCUCACAGGCCCUGCACAUACCCUUCAGCGAAGGCAGCUCUGAGACUGUUUCCUUCCUGUUGCCCCUUCCUGUACCCUGCUAGCCACAGAGUCUUCCUUUGCUUCUGAAGGACUUGAGGGUUGGAGGUUCAGCUGGCGCUGGACCAGAGAGCUUUGGGGCUCCAAGGGCUGCCCCAGCCUCCACACCCCUGACUGAAGAAGCUGGGGUGCAAUAAUAGGCCUCAGUCUAAGGAGGCAUCUUUCACAACCCCCGGCAGACCAUCAUCAGUCUGUUAUUGGAGGCCCUGUGAGGACAUGAAGGGGAAGUCCAUGUGUACGUGGGGGCGUGUGUUUCCACAUAGAGGAUGUCUGUGGAAAUGGUUUCCGAUCAUCAGCCUGUGUGUAUUUGUGUGUGUGUCAGUUCCUGUGGUGUACGGGUGUGAAUGAUAUGGCAAGACCACGUGGAAGGGGGCUGGGCCUGGUCAACCCCUGUCCCAUGGCUACCUGCUCCUCCUCAGUCCUCUGUGAGGUCCUUGCUAGGGCCUUCUUCCCCCUUGCCCAUCCCAGGGCCCUGGACUGGCAGGCUUCUUCGGGGUAGGGCUGGGUGUGGUGGUGCCUGCUCUGUGGGCUGCCAUUUUGGGUGGGCCCAGCUACGGGAAGGUCACUACAGGGGAAGGAGUGUCUACACUUUGGGCUGGGGCAGUCAGAGACUGUGGCCUUGCUUACUUGCUGACAUCCCCACAUUCUCUCAGGGAAUCUUUGCAGGUGUUGGGAUGCCCACUGUGUCACCGCCUCAUCGCCUUGUGACUUCUUUCUGGGUUCUGGUCUUCUCUCUUUAGGAUCAGAGGAGAUGAGGAAGGGUGUGUCCCUGGGCCCCCUCUGGAGUCAUGGGCUUGGGGUCUGCGGUGUCCCUUCCUCAGCAGGGGAGCCUGACCCAUCUUUGUCCCUCCUCCCUGCAGAGGGGGAAGUGAGAAGGAGGGGGUCAGCGACCCUGCCUUCUGGGCCGGGAAGGCUGAAAAAGCAGAAGUAAGGGGAGUAACGGGGCCCUCUGGCCACCGGCUUGAGCCCCACCAUGCAGACCCCGGCAGAUUUCCCCAGGGUUGAGAGAGACUCACUUCCCUGUCUCAGAAAGGAUGAGGGCAUCCUCAAGGAGAUCUCCAUCACGCACCAUGUCAAGGCUGGCUCUGAGAAGGCCGACCCAUCCCAUUUUGAGCUGCUCAAGGUUCUGGGCCAGGGAUCCUUUGGCAAAGUCUUCCUGGUGCGGAAGGUCACCCGGCCUGACAGUGGGCACCUGUAUGCCAUGAAGGUACUAAAGAAGGCAACGCUGAAAGUGCGUGACCGCGUUCGGACCAAGAUGGAGAGAGACAUCCUGGCCGACGUAAACCACCCAUUUGUGGUGAAGCUGCACUAUGCCUUCCAGACCGAGGGCAAGCUCUAUCUUAUUCUGGACUUCCUGCGUGGUGGGGACCUCUUCACACGGCUCUCUAAGGAGGUUAUGUUCACGGAGGAGGAUGUGAAGUUUUACCUGGCUGAGCUGGCUUUGGGCCUGGACCACCUGCACAGCCUGGGCAUCAUUUACAGAGACCUCAAGCCUGAGAACAUCCUUCUAGAUGAGGAGGGCCACAUCAAACUCACUGACUUCGGCCUGAGCAAGGAGGCCAUUGACCACGAGAAGAAGGCCUAUUCCUUCUGCGGGACAGUGGAGUACAUGGCCCCCGAGGUGGUCAACCGCCAGGGCCACACCCACAGUGCUGACUGGUGGUCCUAUGGGGUGUUGAUGUUUGAGAUGCUGACGGGCUCCCUGCCCUUCCAGGGCAAGGACCGGAAGGAGACCAUGACAUUGAUUCUGAAGGCGAAGCUAGGCAUGCCCCAGUUUCUGAGCACAGAAGCCCAGAGCCUCCUGCGGGCCCUGUUCAAGCGGAAUCCUGCCAACCGGCUCGGCUCCGGCCCUGAUGGGGCAGAGGAAAUCAAGCGGCAUGUCUUCUACUCCACCAUUGACUGGAAUAAGCUGUACCGUCGUGAGAUCAAGCCACCCUUCAAGCCGGCCGUGGCACAACCCGAUGACACCUUCUACUUUGACACUGAGUUCACGUCCCGCACACCCAAGGACUCCCCGGGCAUCCCCCCCAGCGCUGGGGCCCAUCAGCUGUUCCGUGGCUUCAGCUUCGUGGCCACUGGCCUGAUGGAGGAUGACGGCAAGCCUCGGAGCACGCAGGCUCCACUGCACUCAGUGGUACAGCAACUCCACGGGAAGAACUUGGUUUUUAGUGACGGCUACGUGGUAAAGGAGACGAUUGGUGUGGGCUCCUACUCCGUGUGCAAGCGCUGUGUCCACAAGGCCACCAACAUGGAGUGUGCUGUCAAGGUCAUCGACAAGAGCAAGCGGGAUCCCUCAGAAGAGAUUGAGAUUCUUCUGCGGUACGGGCAGCACCCCAACAUCAUCACUCUGAAAGAUGUGUAUGAUGAUGGCAAACACGUGUACCUGGUGACAGAGCUGAUGCGGGGCGGGGAGCUGCUGGACAAGAUCCUGCGGCAGAAAUUCUUCUCGGAGCGGGAAGCCAGCUUUGUCCUGCACACCAUCAGCAAGACAGUGGAGUAUCUGCACUCCCAGGGGGUUGUGCAUAGGGACCUCAAGCCCAGCAACAUCCUGUACGUGGACGAGUCUGGGAACCCCGAGUGCCUGCGCAUCUGCGACUUCGGCUUCGCCAAGCAGCUGCGGGCUGAGAACGGGCUCCUCAUGACACCUUGCUACACUGCCAACUUCGUGGCACCCGAGGUGCUGAAGCGCCAGGGCUACGAUGAAGGCUGUGACAUCUGGAGCCUGGGCAUUCUGCUGUACACCAUGCUGGCGGGAUACACUCCAUUUGCCAACGGACCCAGUGACACACCAGAGGAAAUCCUAACCCGGAUCGGCAGUGGAAAGUUCACCCUCAGCGGGGGAAAUUGGAACACAGUUUCAGAGACAGCCAAAGACCUGGUGUCCAAGAUGCUGCACGUGGACCCCCACCAGCGCCUCACAGCUAAGCAGGUCCUGCAGCACCCAUGGAUCACCCAGAAAGACAAGCUUCCCCAGAGCCAGCUAUCCCACCAGGACCUGCAGCUUGUGAAGGGAGCCAUGGCAGCUACAUACUCUGCGCUCAACAGCUCCAAGCCCACCCCUCAGCUGAAGCCCAUUGAGUCGUCUAUCCUGGCCCAGCGGCGGGUGAGGAAGCUGCCCUCCACCACCCUGUGAGGGGCCAGGAUGUGCAGGCCGCAGGGCGGUGCUAGCUCAAUACAGGCAGCAUACUUCCCAGAGGGAGCAGGCCUGAGUCACAGGGCCAGAGGGAGCGGAGCCCCGAGGUGCCCAGGAAGCAGCCAGCCCGGAUCACCCCAGUGAGGGUGUGAGAAGUGCCUUUUCCUUCCCCAGGACGGACUCUUCUUGGCUCUGGCUCUGCUGGUUGAAAUCGAUUCACUGUACAAACUCUUAUCUUUUUUUAAGGAAAAAUGGCGUCAACCACCAUGGAUUUUUACAAGAUCCAUUUGCCUUUCUGGGAGCAGAAAUAGCCAGUGCAGCCCCAGGAGGGGCAGUGAGUCACACUAGGGCUCUCUGUGGCUGAGACUCCUUAGAGCAGCUUUGGUCCUAUGCUGGGGACCCCCACGAUGGCCAUCUGUAGCCAUCUGCACUCACCUCCGAGGCAGUCCAGCAUCACCUUCCAGAGCCCUUGGCUGUUUAGCGAACUUGUUCUAUCCCCAGUCAGCUCCUUUUCCGUUCUGUUCUGCUGGGAGGCCCGGAACCACUUCCUGUUGGAGGAAGGACAAAGACCCCGUGGCUCCCAGCUCCAGGCACCAGCAUCCACAUUGGCCCCGCCAGCGGGUCCCCUGCAGUCAGGCUGGGCUGCUCCCGGAGGAGGAUCCGGAAAGCACUUUUUGGCUGACUUCCAUUGGAGUCUGCCACAGGACAGAGCUCACAGGAGGUCUGUGGGGCAGGCCAAGACGGGCAGGGGCUUUUUUUCAUUUCUUCCUCAGCUGGUAACUCAGGGUUCAUCUGUCCAUGGCCUUUCUAAUAAACUUACAGUUGAGUUGAA